CUUUCCUACCCUUUCCUCAUAAGAGUAACCAAACUUGCCGAAACCCCUCCUUUUCUUCUCCAGCGGGUCCUAUUCUCCAAGGGCAACUCUACCGGAGAAUCCAGAUUAGGGUUUUCUUUAACUCUAUCUCUCUCUUCUUUCGCCGGCACACACUUCCACUUCCGCCACUCACUUAAACCAAUAAUCAAACCAACACAAAACCCUAACUUCCAAGAAUGGCCGACGGCGACGGACCCGACCAGAUGGAUCAGUUCCACCGCAAUGAGGCCAUCUCCGCCGUCGCCGACGACGGCUUCUUGGCCGAGGAGGACGACGACUACGAGGACCUCUACAACGACGUCAACGUCGGCGAGGGGUUUUACCAGUCUAUGAGGAAGAACGAGGAGCUAGGGUUUAAAAACGAGGCGGCGGCGGAGGAGAGGAAGGCGGAGACGUUGCCGGAGGCUGCGGCGGAGCAGCAACAUCAUGGGGCGCCGAUUCCGAGCUCCGGAGGCGGCGACGGUAGGGGUUCAGUGUUUGGGAAUCAGAAUCCAGGGUUUAGAGGGAAUGAGAUAAAAGGGAGCGGCGGUUUGGGUGGGCCGAGUGGCGGUGGAGGCGGGAUGAAGAUUGAAUUGGGGCAGAGUGGGGGUAAUGCUGGUCUUGGGGCUCAAGGGAUUGGUGCUCAGCCCCAAUUACAACCGAUGCCACAGCCUCCGAUGCAGCAGUUACAUGGCGGCGGUGCAGUUGGGAAUGUGGGGAAUGAGGGUUUCUUGAGGCAACCUGGCGGUGUCGGAGCGGGGAAUGUGAAUGGUGUAGGUGGAAAUAGUGGUCCUGGAGGAGGUGCAGGUUGUGCAACAGCGUAUGUGGGGGAUUUGCACUGGUGGACUACUGAUGCGGAGCUGGAGGCGGAGUUGUGCAAGUAUGGAGCUGUGAAGGACUUGAAAUUUUACGAUGAGAAAGCCAGUGGGAAGUCGAAAGGAUAUUGCCAGGUAGAUUUCUAUGAUCCUGCGGCUGCCAUGGCCUGUAAGGAGGCAAUGAAUGGGCAUUUGUUCAAUGGGCGGCCGUGUGUUGUUGCUGUUGUGUCACCAUAUACUGUUAAGAGAAUGGGGGAGGCUCAAGUGAAUAGGAACCAUCAGGUAGCCCAAACUGCACAAGCUCAACCAAGGCGGGGGCCGAAUGAUGCUGUUGCUGGGAAUAAAGCUGGUGGGAAUGCCAUAACGACUGGUGGGAAUUAUCAAGGCGGGGACAAUAACAAUAGAGGUUUUGGGAGAGCUAACUGGGGGCGAGGUAAUUCUCAGGGUAUGGGAGGUCGAGGUCCAGGUGGUCCGAUGAGGAAUAGGGGUGGAAUGACUGGCAGAGGUAUAAUGGGGAAUGGUGGAAAUGGGUUUGGGCAAGGUAUUGGCGCAACCCCUCCUUUGAUGCACCCUCAGUCAAUGAUGGGUCAGGGCUUUGAUCCAGCUUUCGGUCCUCCAAUGGGGAGAAUGGGGGGUUAUGGUGGCUUUCCAGGAGCUCCGCAGCCUCCUUUUUCAGGGAUGAUGUCUUCAUUCCCACCUGUGGGGGGUGUUGGGCUGCCUGGAGUUGCCCCUCAUGUGAAUCCAGCAUUUUUUGGACGAGGGAUGCCCAUGAGUGGAAUGGGAAUGAUGCCGACGUCAGGUGUUGAUGGGCCUAAUAUGGGAAUGUGGCCAGAUCCUAGUAUGGGUGGUGGAUGGCCUAGUGAGGAGCAUGGUGGUGGAAGAGGUGGAGAGUCUAGUUAUGGUGAGGAAGCUGGUUCUGACCAUCAAUAUGGUGAGAGUAGCCAUGAUAGGGCUGGGUGGCAGAAUACCAUGAAGGAGAAAGAAAGAGGUUCCGAGAGGGACUGGACUGGAUCUUCUGAUAGGAGGUAUCGCGAAGAAAGGGAGCAAGGGUAUGACAGAGACAUGCCGAGAGAGAAAGAUGUGGGUCAUGACCAUGAAUUGUCUGAAAGAAGGCAUCGUAGUGAUGCAGAUGUUAAUCGAGAGCGUGACAGAGGUCGAGAACGUUCUCGAGAUCGCGAUCGGGACAGGUACAGGGACGAUAGAGAAAGAUAUGCUGAUCAUCAUAAGUACAGAGAUGGCAGAACAGUCCAUCACGAUGAAAAUGAAAGGGGGCGGUCAACAAGGACUCAUAGUAAGGCACGCUUAGCCGAAGAUGAUGACCACCGUUCAAGAUCCAGAGACCGCCGUUCAAAAUCUAGGGAUGUUGAUUAUGGGAAGAGGCGGCGGCUAACUUCUGAGUGACUUCUUUGUUUCACUAAAUUCCUUGAGAAAGAAUAUGAAAGAAAAUGUUGGAUUGCCACACUCAUUUGGACUUGUUUGUGGAUCCUUGUUUCUUUGAUGGCUGCGCUGCUUUUUCUACUUGCUUCUACAUAACAGGAGUGCAGCUCAAUACUUGUGUGACCAAAGUGGUUAGUUUUGUGCUGGCUUUAAACUCUGAUCAAGCUGCGAAGUAAAAAGUAGAGCUGCCUUGAAGAUGAAGAGGACCUCAACCUUAACAUUCAAGAGUGCCUGGUUUUCCUUUCUCUACAUGGAUUUAAAGCUGAACUCCUGCUUUUAGUUUUAGCUUUCUUUUGCCAUUUUAAUUUUCAACUUACUCGCACUUAAUGAAAUAGAUGUUGGAUGCUGUCAUGGCCUGAAUUUUGCUGGAAGAGUCUGUAAUGUAGUAGAUUUUAAAUGCAAUAUUUGAAUGUUGUAAUAGGAUCUAAUAUGCCGUAUUUUCUAAUUGGCUAGUUGUAUCAUCCUGCGGUCCUGCCCCCAUCUUUUUUGUUUAGCUACGGGGAUAUGCCCUGCUGAUUGUUGGAAAUAGUUGAAGAUGUAGAAUGCUAACGAUUCCUUUUUAAGUUUUUACCCAUAAUGUACAUACCAAAGAAGCUGAUGUAGGCUAUGUUGUAUAUUGUGGAAUAGAUUCAUUUCAAUAAUGACUUGUUCU